UAUCCAAACUUCCGCAUUUCUGGAUCUUUACUGGAUUGAAUGAAAUCGAGCUAAUUCUGUCCCGUGUUUACAAAAUCUUUACUGUUUAAAAAACGUUGUGAUAAAACGGAAUAAAGCAUUUAACACGUUACAUAUAGUCUGCGAAUUGCAGAUCAAAAAGAAAACACUCGAGAUAUUCUGAAAUUAUCGACGCGUCUUCUCAGAUCAUCUUUGACAGUGUCUAUCAUUUCACGAUGUUAAAGGCAGUCAUUCUAAUCGGCGGUCCUCAGAAAGGAACUCGCUUCCGGCCUCUGUCAUUUGAGGUGCCCAAACCUCUCUUCCCUGUGGCUGGUGUGCCGAUGCUCCAACACCACAUUGAAGCCUGUGCCAAGGUGCCGAAUAUGAAGGAGAUCAUCCUGAUUGGGUUUUACCAGCCUAAUGAUGAGCUGAACCGCUUCAUAGCCUCUGCCCAGCAAGAGUUUAAAUUAUCUAUAAGAUACCUGCAGGAGUUUGCAGCUCUGGGCACAGGCGGUGGCAUUUACCAUUUCCGGGACCAGAUCCUGUCUGGAGGUCCAUCUGCGUUCUUUCUUAUGAAUGCUGACGUUUGCUCUGCAUUCCCUCUGCAGGACAUGCUCAGCUUCCACCACCAGCGUGGAAAUUCUCACUGUGGAAUCAUUUUAGGCACUACGGCUAACAGGAAACAGUCUUUAAACUAUGGGUGUAUUGUGGAGAAUCAGGAAACAAAUGAGGUGCUUCAUUUUGUAGAGAAACCCAGUACUUUUGUUAGUGAUAUUAUCAACUGUGGCAUCUACUUAUUCACCCCGGAGAUUUUUGCCCAUAUUGGGACAGUGUUUCAGAGGAAUCAAGAAGACAGGUCGCUAGAGGACCCUCCAUGUGGCAGGCAGUUGCGAGAGCUGAUCCGCUUGGAGCAGGACAUUUUUACAAUGCUGGCUGCACAGAAACAGCUGUAUGUCUACAAAACUCAGCACUUCUGGAGCCAGAUUAAAUCAGCAGGGUCGGCAAUAUAUGCCAGUCGUUUGUACCUGCACCGGUAUAAUGAGACACAUCCUGAAAGACUGGCCAGAAACCAAGACGGAGGCCCUAAAAUAAUAGGGAACGUAUACAUCCAUCAGACAGCUAAUAUUGACUCCACAGCUGUUCUGGGCCCUAACGUCUCGAUAGGGAAAGGUGUAAUAAUCGGCGCAGGAGUUCGAGUGAGAGAAUCAAUUGUCUUACAUGGCGCUACGCUGCAGGAUCACUGCUGUGUGCUUAACAGCAUCGUAGGCUGGGACAGUACCGUCGGAAAGUGGGCGAGAGUGGAGGGGACGCCGAGCGACCCUAACCCUAACGACCCUUAUGCUAAAAUUGACAGCGAGACUCUGUUCAGAGAUGGAGGUUUGACGCCAUCGAUUACAAUCCUGGGGUGCAAUGUGAACAUUCCAUCAGAAGUCAUCAUUCGAAACUCGAUCGUACUUCCUCACAAGGAUCUCAACAGGAGCUUCAAGAACCAGAUCAUCCUCUAAAGAACCCUUUUGUGUAGAGACAAGACCUAAACAGUCAUAAUGAAACAAUAUAGUGAUUGCACAACAUAUUCAUUUUAUAGUAAAUACAGUAUUUUUGUGUUUGCUUCUCGGUGUAGGUUUACUGCACUUUAGGUGCCUUGUAGAAUGUGAUCAUUUUUCUAUUUCCUUUUCUAAUCACCAUUUAAAGGUAUAAAGCACAUAUUAAGGUAUAUGGGGUAAAUGAUUGUAAGUAAUGAUAAAUUUCUUUCCUAACAAAAGUCUGUUGAGUAAUUUUCAGUGUGGUUUGUCAGAUGUCUAUCAGUCCUCAGAUCAACACCGUGAAGAUUCCUUCAUGAGCACUACGCACUUAAGAAUGGUGUUGCUAAAGGAUCCAGUGAUGCAGAUUCCCAUGUGCAUGUUUGAAAUGGCGUUUCUUAAGACUCCUGCAUGCAUAUUCCCAUUAAUCUGAUGAUUUGCAAGGUGAGCAAAGUAAGAAUGUAAAACAGCACUGGCACAUAGCAUCGGUUCUUACUGAAGUAUUCUCACUGUGUGCAUUGAUUUUGUAGGAAUGCUAAUUUUUGGCUGACAUUAACUUUAGUCCAAGUACCACGUGAAGCAUUUUGGAGCGAUGUGAAAACCACGGCAGUAUGACAAACAGAUUGUCGAGCCUGAUGUUUUUCGUUUUGCUACUAUUUUAAUGAACGAAUAAUAUACCAGAGCCGAAUGCA